GGAAUGUAAGACAAAGAGUAGGAACGGCGGGCCGAGGUCGUUUGUAAAUGUACAACAAAAGACGCCUCUACAACUUUCAGCAGCAGCAAGAAGAGGAUCAGGAAAUACCACACCACCCGCAAACGCAAAAGGCCCUUAGUUAUUUCUUUGUUUUCUUUCCUUGCAAGAACAAGAAGCGCACUAGGCGACUAUAGCUGAUUAAGUUGUUGGGCUUUUUUCAAUUCAGGACGGAGGGGCAGCAAGUAAUCGCAUUAAUUGAAAUGACCUCGCGCAUUCAUUGUCAUCGAGUAACGAGUCGCCUGUCGAAGGACGCGUAGCCUAGUUUGUAAGUGAAGAGGGUGACAGGGAGGAGAGUCAGCCGAUCCCGGUGCAGACGGUUCUGACGCAGCGAACAACAGAUGAAUAGCUGCAGACGAGAGACCUCAGGACAAGAACGAUGGAACAAGAUAGAUAUUCACACGCUGCUUGUUUGAUUGGCAGAGUCGUGUAUAAGUAUAGAGAACGACGUGAGUAAGCGAAUACACCGAAACCAGGAAUCUAGUCAAAAGAAGACGUCGGUCUAGUGGUAGUGUAGCGUAGAGACUAGGAAUUAGCGUAGCGCCACCAGCUCUAGGGCGUAGUUUGGUUUUUGGCUCCUCAGCCAAGUCUUCCUGGUAGGCCCACACCUAAUCCUAACCUACCCUGAAGCGAUCCUUGUCAUCUAACCCACGACACAGGAGGCACAGCUACAGAUCGGGGGAUAGGAGUAAGCUGAUUUAGAGUCUACUCCUCGAUCUUCCUUAAGGCGAAGCUUAGUAGUCCUCUCUGACGCCGAACUGUGGCCGCGACUACCAUAGAAUCGCUUGCUUUCCAAAAAAUAUAUCUACUCUAUCUCCAUGUUUAAUUGUCUCGAAUGGAAAGCGAGGCGCUACAGACUCGAACUCCUGUAAUUCUUAAUUGGAAGCAACAUUCAUUGCAUUCUUUCACUAGCUAGAACCAAGCUACUUACAACUUUCAUGAUUCUUAUCGAGUUUCACUGUGUCACUUUUGAGGAUUUUUUGGAUUUGAGGAUGAGUCAUUUGUUACGACUGUGGCUUCUACUUCUGCGCCAUCUACUGCAUCUGCGCAGGGUAUUAGAUAUAUAAGUAAGAAGAAGAACGUCGUGUAUUAUAUUUUCUUCUCCAACGAGCUGCAUGAUCACUAUCGCUCAUCUGUAGUAGUAAAUAUUAAGUAGACAAAAAAAGACGCGAGUAAAUGUAAAUAUCCGCUAUGAGUGUGGUAAGAGCAAAAGCUUUGCUCUUUCAGCGUUGCAAUUGCGCGGCGUCAUAGUCCCUGUUACGAAGUGGAGGAAAUCAGAUUCGAGAAAGUGGAAGGGUCAUUAUCGACUCAUAUUUUUAGUGACAGACUCUUCGCAAUGAAUAUGGUAAGAAGAUAAACGAAUGGCGUUAAUGUUGAUCGCGGUACCAGCCAAGCUUCUUCUUUAUAUAUUUUGGCCAAGAAAGUGGACCGCAAGGAUAAAAGAAAGAAAGGCAGAGCCUAGCACGGUGGCAGAAUUAUAAUCCAGUAUCAAUGCCUGACUCAAGGACUA